CACUCACACAGACAGAGACACACACACGCGCACACACGGAUGAGCCACGUCAGAAUAGGUCACGGCACUGGAUAGAUUAUACACGGAUUGGCAAGCGUAAAACAGACGGCUGCUGUUGCAAAUCAACAGGCUGCUCCAGUCGGCAACAAGAUGCCACAGUGGCUGGUCAUUGGCAUUUCGGGUGUCACCUGCGGUGGGAAGACGACACUGGCACAUGGACUCCGUGAUUAUUUCAAGGGAUUGCGCAAUGCACCGCUCUGGAAUACGCCGUAUACGAUUGGCGAUGUUCAGCUCAUUUCACAGGAUGAUUACUUUCUGCCCGUCGACGACAGACGGCAUAAGCGUGUCGAGAAGCUGAAUGCCAUCAAUUUUGAGCUAAUUACAUCGCUGAACACCAAGCAAAUGCUGGCGGAUAUAGCGCACAUCAUCAAUGGUCAGACGGAGCACAACUAUGCUAAUUUCGAGCACUAUGCCCUGCAAUACCAACAACAACAGCAGCAGCAGCAACAGUUGCAACAGCAGCAACAACAGCAACAUCAGCAAUAUAAUACCAAUUAUUAUGGCAAACAACACUUGCCAGCUGCUUAUCAAUAUCAGCGACAGCAACAUCAGCAACAUCAUCAUCAGCAACACAGGCAACAUCAUCCGCAACAACAACAGCAACAACAUGCGGAUCACAUUAUGCGUCUCAAUAUCAAUGCACAGAUUGCCGCCCAGCUACGUGACAAGAAGAUCAAUGUGCUCCUCAUUGAGGGCUUUAUGAUAUUCAAUCAGCCCGAGGUGUUGGCGCUGUGCAAUCUGAAAUAUCAUUUCCAUUUGCCCUACGAGAAGUGCUAUGAGCGUCGAAUUAAGCGCACCUAUGAUCCGCCCGAUGUUACUGGGUAUUUUGAGCUGUGCGUCUGGCCGUACUACGAGAAGAACUUUGCCGAGUAUCGCGAGUGCAAAGAUAUCACCGUACUCAAUGGCGAGAUAGCCAAGGAGAAGAUCUUCAAGUUUGUGCUGCAGCGGAUCGUUCACUAUUUCGAGGAGCGUUGCGAUCCACCACCACCAGCCACAUUGCCGCCGCCAGUCGUCGCUUGUCCGCCGCAACAGAAGCGUUUCGACUGCAUGCUCUACAUGGGCACGGUGGCCAGCAAUAACAAUCAUUUGCCCACAGCCUGCCCCAUGGAACAGUAGGCAGGGCAGUUGGUGUUGCCAUAAAUCCAUUUAUAUAUAUACAACAUGCAUAUAUAGAUAAUUAUGUAAACAUUGCGAAUUAUUUGUGUAAUUGCAAUUCGAUGUACAUUCAAACAUAGUUUUACCAUUGUAAUACAGUAGUCGCUCGACAUAUUAGAACGCAGAGUUUUAUAGAGAUAUUAUCUAGAUCUAUUUCUUGAAAAAGUAUGAAGAAUUUAAUUAAUUCAUUUAAUUGUGAACAUUUUAUAUAAAUUAUUGUAAAUUAAAUGAAUUUUCCUAGUGUUUUCACACGAAGAUUUCGAUUGCAACAAAAAUGAAUAAUUAUUGCUACAAUUAUUAUACUUUUAAUAUUGUAUUUUCAAUAGUUCUAGAAGAACAUUUAAUCUUAGGUAAAAAUGAAAAAUUAGUCAUUACAAAUUAUUAUAAAUGAAAAUAUUUCUGUAGACCACUUUUAUUUGGUUUCAAAUAUUAUAUUCAAAUUCUACUUUCUUUAAAAAAUAAUCUACGAUUUAAUGCAUUAAAAAUUGCUUCUAAUUUUCUUAAAAUAACCAUUUCUGCAAGUUCUAAUAUUCAAGCGACCAUCUAUAGGCAAAUUUAUUUGCCAUUAGCUAGUUUUAUUGGUAGAAUUGUUUAAGCCAGUAGUUUAAUAUAAGGACACACAUUCUCUCUGUAACGACUAUAUAUAUAUAGUAUUUAUAGUCUGGUAACUGAUUGUGUAAAAUGUUUUGAAAAUGGUUCAGGAAUUCAUAUAGCUGUGCUAAUUAACUACUAAUAAUGUGUAAUAGCAAAAAACAAAACUGCGUAUUAACUGCAAAAAUCACAUGAAUGAAAUUCAAUAUUAUAUAUAUAUUAUAUGUAUGUAUGUAACUUAUACACUCUCUAGAAUUAGUUUAACCUCUGGGUUCAAGGAGUGUACUCAUUUUAUGGCCAAUUUAAAGCUUAGCCAUCUGUAAAUAGUGUACUAUAUAUAUAUAUAUAUUAACUGUUUUAAAAAUUAUAGAUCUAAGACUUUGGACCUCUGAAACUAACACUAAUUUUUUUUCUUGUGCGAAACAAAACACACAGAUACACACACACACACAUACAGAUAAGCCACGAAUAAAAAAUAUAUACAUAUAUGUAUAUUCACCCCUGGAGAAAAGAACGAAA